CAUUUACUGGCAGAACCAAAAUAAUAAUGAAAUGCUCCACUAUUACAGAAAUGGAAAGCAGGAUUUGGAACAUCAAAGCUUGUCAUUUAAAAACAGAACCAAAAUCUUUCCUGAUCAGUUACAAUCUGGAAACUUGUCCCUUAUCAUCGAUCCGCUGAUGCAUGAAGACAACCUGAAGUCCCUUAAAGUCGUUUUCUACGCAGGAGAAAUCAAGGACAAACUCUGCCAAACCAUGGUUCAUGUAGCAGCUAAUUUUAAGGAGCCAAACAUCAAGAUCAACCAAAAGAAGAUGACAGCAACUUGCACAACACAGGGGGGCUUUCCUGAACCUGAACUGGCAUGGAUUUCCACCGACCAUGAAGGACAUGAACGUGCACUGGAACCACCUGAUGUUCCGACCCUGCAGAUCCACGAGGAGGAAGACGGCACCUACAGCGUCAUCAGCACAGCCAACAUCACGGGGUCAAAGACGGUGACCUGCAACGUUUACAACCCAACUUCUAACAAGACUGUGGGAGCAACUGCAGACCUGCCUGCAGCUCCAAACCCUGAGUCCAAACAGGAGACAGAUGAGGUCCCCGGUGAAGGUCUGCCUGUGGCUGCAACGGCUGGGAUUGGAGUAUUUAUAGUACUCAUAGUACUUGUAGUACUCGCAGCCUUUGGCUACAAGAAAUAUCACCAACAGAGACAACGGAGGCCAAACGGUCCUGAGCCGUCAGCUGCUUAUCUUUCCAACGGUGCUUUGCUAGCAGAGAAUGGAGGUGUGUGCUAG